AUGUCCCCUCGCCCGCGGCACGCCAUGGCCGAAGAGGCCCUGUCGAUCCUCCAGCGGGACGUGCUCAUACUCCGGAACCAGCUCAAUUUCGAGAUUUAUCUCAAGGAGCUCGUGCAGCAGCAUGUCGGCCGGUUGCAUCAGGAUAAGAUUGUUUCGAGGAGCGAGGAGGCGGAGAGACAAAGUCUGCAUGUGAAACUUAAAGACUACAAGGCAAAGCUGACUAAAGCUCAAGAAGACCUCGCGACGACCCGGGCCGAGGCGGCUGGGACCAAGUCGAGGCAUACACAAUGGGUGACCGAGUUGCAGGAUAAGCUCACCCGGUUCAGGGAGGAGAAGCGUAGUUGGGCGGCCGAGGCUGUCGAGCUGAGGGGCGAGGUUAACGAUGCUAGGGCGGCUUUGAAGGCACAGAAUGAAGCACUGGCUGAUGCGCUGAACGAGGUGUUCAACCUCAAACAGCAGUUACGCGAGUCGGCGCCCAAGGUGGACAAAAUCGCUGCAUACGAACAGAGGAUAGAUCAGUUGGUCAAGGCACAGGCUCUGAGGUAUAUUCUCAAGCGUCGUAUUCCAUAUUCGAUUCUCACUCUAGUCCAAAGGGAUGACUCGCCCGAAAUGCGAGCUUACCGCGAAGACCGUGCCAAGUUGGAUGAAAUGAUUAGUAACUACGCCAAGAUGGAACUUCAGCUCCAGAGUUUACAGCAUGCAAACGAACAGUUGACUGCGCUCCACAAGACUCAGGAAGACGAGCUUAACCACGCAAAUUCGCAAGUGACGGACCUCACACGUCGUCUCGCAUCUGCCACAACUCAGAACCCAUUCUCUCGCUCCGCAAUAAAAGCCGCAGCCGCAGCUCAAGACCAAAUCAACAAACUCGAAGCAGAAAACAAAGAACUGAGCAACAAGAACAUGGUACUCAUGGACGAAAUCGACGAAGUGAAAGCCAUGGUCGAGUUUUUAAGGAGUGAGCGAGUCAAUUUUGGAGCUGGCGGGCCAGGAUCGCCGGUUCAGCGGAUCGUGAGCGGGACAGGCUCGUUGCCUGCCCAGACCCAGUCUGAACCCAUUACCGGAACCGGGCCUUCGCCCAGGUUGGACUCGAGUGCGUUGGCGGAUUUGGCGGAUGCGACGGCUGCCCCAGGUGAAUCGAGUGAUGUGGCUACGACUGCUUAA